CCGUACAUACUACCCUGGUGCCCUUCCCACGAGAAUGCGGUUAUUGUCAUUUAAAUUAUCUUCCCAAAGGUUGCUUUAUAGCAACACCUCCACGUAUUUAAUCCUGUUUUGAUUAGCGCCAUUGGAUUAUUUUGCAUUAUUUUGGCGCCGCGAGCAGAGGAGAGAGUGCACGCGAGUAAUGCCGUCUACGAUGGAGGGCUCGUCGGGGGAAGGUGACCUGUUUACCGUGAAACACGAGCUCAGAAACGCCAAUCUGACGGGUCACGUUGAGCGUGUGGGCAUCGAGAACUUUGAGCUGUUGAAAGUGCUAGGAACAGGAGCUUACGGCAAGGUCUUCCUUGUGCGCAAAGUGAGCGGUCAUGAUUCUAGCAAACUGUACGCAAUGAAGGUGCUGAAAAAAGCCACUAUUGUGCAGAAGGCGAAGACAGCGGAGCACACACGCACAGAGAGACAGGUCCUUGAGCAUGUCAGGCAGUCCCCUUUCCUUGUUACACUCCACUAUGCCUUCCAGACAGACACCAAGCUGCAUCUCAUUUUAGACUAUGUGAAUGGAGGGGAGCUCUUCACGCACUUGGUCCAAAGGGUUCGCUUUAAAGAGCAAGAGGUUACCUUGUACAGUGGGGAGAUUGUACUUGCACUGGAGCACUUGCAUAAGCUGGGAGUUGUCUACAGAGACCUGAAACUCGAGAACAUACUUCUUGAUUCAACCGGUCACAUCGUGCUGACGGAUUUUGGCCUUAGCAAGGAAUUUCAUGAGGUAGAGAGGGCUUAUUCCAUCUGUGGCACUAUUGAGUAUAUGGCACCUGAGAUCGUAGCAGGAGGAGAGUCAGGACAUGACAAGGCGGUGGACUGGUGGAGUAUGGGAGUUCUGAUGUAUGAGCUGUUGACCGGAGGUUCUCCUUUCACUGUUGACGGCGAUGAGAACUCUCAUUCUGACAUUGCCGAGAGAAUUAUGAAGAAGGAUCCCCCGUUCCCCAAGGACAUGGGGCCCCUGGCCAAAGACAUUGUCCAGCAACUGCUAAUUAAAGACCCAAAGAAGAGGCUGGGCUCGGGGCCCUCAGGGGCGCAGGAUGUGAAAAGUCAUCCCUUUUAUCAGAAAAUGAACUGGGAAGAUCUAGCUGCUAAGAAAGUUCCAGCACCUUUUAAGCCUGUAAUUCGCGAUGAGCUGGAUGUGAGCAACUUUGCGGAGGAGUUUACGGAGAUGGACCCAACAUACUCACCAGCUGCACUUCCUAACAACUGUGACCGCAUCUUUCAGGGCUAUUCCUUUAUGGCUCCCUCCAUCCUGUUUAAGAGGAAUGCAGUGAUGGACGAUCCAGUUCAGCUGUGCGGUGUGUCAGAGAGGCCGGGUUCUGUUGCUGUUGCCCGUAGCGUUAUGAUGAAGGACUCUCCAUUCUACAUGAACUAUGAGAUGGACCUGAGGGGGAACGCUCUGGGUGAGGGAAGCUUCUCCAUCUGCAGACAGUGUACUCACAAGAAGAGUGGACAGAAAUACGCUGUGAAGAUCGUCAGUAAAAGAAUGGAGGCACAAACACAGAAGGAGAUUGCUGCUCUCAAACUGUGUGAAGGACACCCCAACAUAGUCAAGCUACAUGAGAUCUACCAUGACCAGCUGCACACAUAUCUAGUUCUGGAACUCCUGCAAGGUGGAGAGCUGCUAGAGAGAAUCAGGAGGAAGCAGCACUUCAGUGAGACGGAGGCUAGCCGUAUUUUGCGCAGACUGGUGUCUGCAGUCAGCCACAUGCACGAUGUGGGCGUGGUGCACAGGGACCUCAAACCAGAGAAUUUGCUCUUCACUGACGACACUGAGAGUUCUGAGAUAAAAAUCAUUGACUUUGGCUUUGCAAGGCUCAAACCUCCUGACAAUCAGCUCCUGAAGACCCCCUGCUUUACGCUUCAGUACGCUGCCCCUGAGAUUCUCAAGUAUGAUGGCUAUGAUGAGUCCUGCGACCUCUGGAGUUUAGGGGUCAUAUUGUACACCAUGCUGUCUGGCCAGGUCCCAUUUCAGUGUCAGGAGAAGAGUCUAACACACACCAGUGCAGAGGAGAUCAUGAGGAAGAUCAAAAAGGGAGACUUUUCUUUUGAAGGUGAAGCUUGGAGGAAUGUAUCCAGUCAGGCCAAGGAUCUGAUACAAGAGUUGUUGACGGUAGACCCUGUCAAGCGGAUAAAGAUGUGUGGUCUGCGUUAUAAUGCCUGGCUGCAGGACGAUAGCCAGCUUUCCUCCAACCCUCUUAUGACCCCUGACAUCCUGGGCUCUUCCACCGCUUCAGUGCACACCUGUGUCAAAGCCACCUUUAAUGCCUUUAAUAAGUGUAAGCGGGAGGGCUUCCGACUCCAGACGGUGGACAAGGCUCCACUGGCCAAACGCAGGAAGAUGAAGAAGACCAGCACCAGCACAGAGACCCACAGCAGCUCCAGCGAGAGCACACACUCCUCCUCCUCUUUUUCACAGUCUCAGGAUAAGACUCCACCAAGUGGAGAGAUGGCUAUCAUACCCCAGGUCUCUGUGAGCACGCCUCUCACUCUGGGCCCAGACGAUGAGCCCUCUCAGAGCCAACCCCAACCUGCCUUCACCUUCACAGAGUGAACCUGGAUGAGAAUCAGACAGCAGGGUGGGACACACCUCUCCAACCAUUCCUUUCUGUCUCCUUCAUGCUCUGCCAAGGGCACAUAACUCCAUACUUAGCAUGUGGGGAAAGUGGCACCAACCCAAAUCCAUCGCUAGCAAUAGAUAGGAGUGCGCUGAAGACCAGGCUAGUGAGCUGUUCUCAAUAGGCUCAAGUCCUGCAUGGCCAAACAUCGCUGCAUCCAGUCCUGUGUCUUAAACAGGAGAAAGAACUUUGAGGAGCAUUAAAACCUUAAACUGACUAGGAGAAAAGUCAGCUUUUGCAAUGUCCUGUCCAACCAGGCACUUUGCUCCAUGCAAAAAAUAUCAAAGAAAGGAAUAUGUAUUGUAUUCUUAAAGAAUAUAAAUAUAAUUUAAGUUGAGAUUUAUUGUUUAUACAGACUUUUCUCAUACGGUACUGUAUAUCAGACUAUACCAGUUUGUCAGAUGCAACAACUCCACUUGUGCUGGGAGCUUUGUGGUGUUGCAUUUGUCAAGUAUCUAACUUCAGUCCUUGACUUCUUCCAGAAGAUUUCACUGAAGUAGCAACAAAUAGCUUUUAAGGAGUUCGAGCAUUUCAUUGUAUCAUCAACAAUUUGUUACCCUUGGAAAGGUGUAAAUAACUUUAGUUUGUUUGGUAUUUUCAUGUCAUUUGAAUUUUCCAUUGAGAUCUUUUCUUCAGCUUUAUUUAUUUAUUUUUAGCUUGAACUCAUUUCAAAAACGUUGAAGACAAAGCUACUCGUAAAUGAGGGAACGUCAGUUGCUUCUAGUUAGACAUUGUUGUCUUGGACUCUGCUCUGAAAUUUUGUCACUCUAGAUUUAAUAUCUGUGAGUUUGGAUCAAGCCGUAGAUGUUCUAACUCAACGUCCGCAAAGCAUAAUGAAACCCUUUAUUGCGUUAUGUAACAUAACCAGACUUUGAAAUGAUAACAGGCCAACUUUUAGUCCCGUAUCAAGUGAAAAGCCAGCUAAAAGACGUCUGUGGCUUCCUGUCUGGUUUACCAUGUAGUGUUGUUUUGGCCCUGUGUAGAUGGUUGAUGCUUUCAGACAGGCUGUGGUAGAGACUUUGGUGUCUAAAAUGACGCGCUUGCAUGUUUUCCUCUUUGCAUCCUCCAUUUCACAAGCGCUUGAGCUGAUUAUGUGGUUCUCAGUGUUUGUGCAUUUAGUAAGUCAUUUUUAACCGAGCAUUUUGGUGGCAUUUCACAGUUGAAAAGAGAAUCAUUUUAUCGUUGGCCUAAAGGACCGUCUGUAUUAUUUGUGACGUGAUAGCAUUCGUAUUUUGCAAGCACUACAAAUUUGUAAUUGAAGGUACUUGAACUCUACGUUGCUAUGCAAAUGUUACUUUCUUCCUUUAGUACGACAUUUACGGUUCUUUUUGUAUCCUUUAAGGACCUUUUUAUGCAUUACAAAAAGUAUAUAAAAACAGUGCCUGCAGAGGGCAAACAUAACUGCCAUCUUUAGGGGCAGUCUUAGACUCCACUCUCUAAAUAAUCAUGCAUUCCACUUCCUGUGCACUAAGAUGGCAUAUCACAUCCAUGAGCUUUUAAAUACAGAUAAACUGAUUACACUAUGUAACACAAUUUUUGUUCCUGGGUAGUAAGUGUUA